AUGAAGUCCGCCGUCGCUCUAUCUGCCCUGGCCGCCGUCGCCGUCGCCGUUCAGCCCAAGUUCCUCAACUCCAACUUCCAAGUUGUCGCGGGCCAGCCAUUCACCCUCAAGUUUGACAGCUGCCAGAGUGGCUGCACCAUCGUUCUCCAGAACGGACCCCAGACCAACACCAAGGAUGUCAAGGUCCUGACCUCCGACGCCACUGGUGGAGCCUUUACGUUUACUCCGUCGGGCUGGGCCUCUGAUACGUACAACUUCAAGAUUACCAACAACGCCAACCCCAGCGAGUACAACUUCAGCUUGCAGUUCAGCUACCAAGGUGACGGAUCUGCCUCUGCGUCGUCUGCCUCUGCCUCUGCCUCUGGCUCCGCUUCCGGCUCCGUUUCCUCGUCUGCCUCUGCUGCUAGCACUGCUGGCACUUCCUCCCAGACCGGCUCCUCUGCUGCCGCCACCACCGCUUCUGGAUCAACCAGCAUGACCAGCGUGACCAGCAUGACCAGCAUGGCCAGCUCCGUCUCCUUCACCAGCUUUGCCAUGACCAACAGCACCGCCACCACGACCAACUCCCAGUCCUCCACCUCCACCACCUCGGCCCCCGCCGUCACCACGACGGUUCCCAACGCUGGCGUCCGCGCCUCGCCCCUGGCACUUGUCGCCGGUGCCAUUGCCGCUCUAGCCUAUCUUGGAUGA